CGACCCUUCUCGAGUCUGAAGCAUCACCACCACAACCUCAAUCAUCCAAGAGAUGAGUAGUCGCGGCGGGAAACUUGCCCCCGAAGUCAAUCGCGCUCUGUUCGUAAAGAACCUGAGCUACAACGUUACUCCUGAGGAGCUCUUCGACCUCUUUGGAAAGUUCGGACCUAUUCGCCAGGUUCGUCAGGGCAUUGCCGGCAAUACCAAGGGUACAGCUUUUGUAGUCUACGAAGAUGUCAUGGAUGCGAAGCAAGCCUGCGACAAAUUGAACGGUUUCAACUUUCAGAACCGCUAUCUCGUUGUAUUAUAUCAUCAGCCCGACAAGAUGGUAAAAUCUAAAGAGGACCUCGACGCCCGCCGGGAAUCUUUAGCGCAGCUCAAGAAGCAGCACGGCAUCGAUUGACAAUCCGACCGGUCUGUAGGCAACCUGCAGAAGAAGACGCCUUCUUCGUCUGCGGGCCGGUCUUCCUCAUCCUCAUCGUCCUCGUCGACUUCGUCAGAGAUUAAGACAAUCCUACGAAAAGAGAGGUCGCCAGCCAAGGCCACUCUAACCAGUGGGCACACUCCCCCUCGAGCCGUCCGAUUUGCAGAAGGACUACGCGCAGCUCUACCGUCGUUCGCCUAAAACAAAGCGUUAGACGCCGUGCCCACAGAGUGCAUUAUUAUUCUAAACUAUUAACUCUUUCUUCUUUUUUCUUCAUGCCUUGGCUGGCACAUUAGCUUCUUUGUUACCUUAAUGUCAGUAUUUACCGGAUCAGUCACCCCUCAGCAGAGAAAACAAAUCACGAAUGCGAGUCUUUUAUCAACGGAAAUGGAGGAGCGGGUACAGAUUGGGGAGCUGGGAAAUUCAAAGGGUGUUUAUUCGGAAAGUGACGACAUGGCAAGUCACACAUGAACUGCUUUUUUUCGGAAUUUGGGCGGAGCCACCUUUGCGGCCAUGUUUACUAGCGAACAUCUCCUGCCUCCCGAGGCCUUAACCAGAGAAAUCAACAGCAUGUCUCAACAACGCAAACGCAUUUCCACCUUUGGCCAAAUCAACUGAAGCAAGGCGUGGGGAUUCUAUUUUUCCAUUUGAGUGAGCCAGUCUCGAUAUUUUACACAAUUUGCUGCAGCAUAUUCUUUUCUGGCAGCUGAGAAAGACGACUGUCGUUGUGAUGGAUGUUUCUGGCUUUUCACCGUGGCGCGUUGCACUGCGGUACAAUGACGUACGAUAUAUGACGUAGAACAAAAGGAAUCAACUUUGAUGUCGUGACAUUU